CUCAGUUUUUUAUCGGAACGUUUCUGCACCGCCUAUGAAUCGCGAAUUGAAUCACAGUAGAUGCCGAACCACACAAUAAAAAUCACUAGGGAGUACUCCUACAGCAGCCUUAUAUAAAGAGCCCGUGUAAACAUAACCUAUAUGUUAUUCAUUGUACGAAAAUUGCAGGAUGUACGUCUUUCUAAGCUUAAUUUCGACAGCUAUCUGUGUUUACAUAAUAUGGUUCGUGGAAAAACAGCGACGUAUCAGAAGAAUUUUGUCGAAGUUUCCAACUCCACCAAUGAAAUUUUUUUAUGGAAAUGCUGAAGAUUUUAUUUCAAAAGAGGGUAUGUUGAGAGCCUUCAACGAUUAUACGAAGAAAUAUGGAGACAUAGUCUAUACACGAAUUGGUCCACUAUAUCACGGUCUCCUAUUCACUGAUGCAGAUUUGGCCAAAGAAGUUUUUCAAGCAAAUAUAAACUUGACGAAAGGAAGCGCUUAUGAAUUCUGCAGAAGUUGGCUGGGACAUGGCCUACUAACCACAGAUGAAAAAAGGUGGAAAAAGCAGCGCAAAAUUGUUACACCAGCGUUCAAUACUCAACUCCUCAUAGAAUUCAUCCCUGUAUUUGAUAAGCAGUCAAAUAUUCUCAUCGAAAAACUUGAUAAUGCCCCUUCAAAAGAUUCCUUGAACAUACAUCGUUUCAUCGGUUUGUGUUCCUUGGAUAUUACUUGUGAAACAUCCAUGGGAGUGAAAUUAGGCGCCCAAAACGAACAAAACACCGAAUAUGUGAUAGCUGUGAAAGAAAUGUGCAGAAUAAUCGCUACUAGGAGUUACUCCAUGCUGAAAGCAAUGAAGUUAACGUACCCAUUCACCGAAGACUACAGCAUCGAAAAAAAAAGUGUUAAAAUUCUGCACGGAUUCACAGACAGAGUGGUUCAGAAGAAAAGGGAACAACGUAAGGAACAGACCGAGUCUAAUUUGGAUCAAGAUGGCCGUAGCCGAAGAUCCAAUCUCUUAGACAUCCUCUUGGAUUAUUCAGACAAGGAGAAAUUAUUGUCUGAGAAGGAGAUACGAGAUGAAAUCCACACCUUUAUGUUCGCUGGUCACGAUACUGUCACAGCUGCAAUGAGUUUCUUCGUCUACGAAAUCGCCAAGAAUAAAGAUUUACAGGAUUUACUUUAUCAAGAGCAGCAGAAUGUGUUUGGAAGUAACAUGGAUAGAGAUCUGGAUCAAAGUGCCAUUAACGACUUGAAACUUUUAGACUCUGUCAUCAAGGAGACAAUGAGGCUGUAUCCUCCUGUGCCUGUUUACACUAGGCUGGUGACAAAAGAAUUUGUUUUCGAUGGAAAACUCAUUCCGGAAGGUAUAACGAUAAUACAUUUUGCCUAUGGGACUCACAGAAAUCCGAAAUAUUAUGAUAAUCCAGACACUUUCGAUCCUUAUCGAUUCGAGGAUCCAAAAAAUUUGACAAUUGGUUCAUAUUUACCAUUCAGUACAGGACCAAGAAAUUGUAUAGGUCAGAAAUUCGCCAACAACGAGAUGAAAGUGAUACUGUCCAAACUUAUAAGAACAUUUGAAUUCAGGCCAGCAGAACCAGAGCACGAGCUGGAUUUGAGAGCUGAGGUUGUCUUGACAUCCAAAAAUGGUAUAAAUGUGAAAAUAAUAAGAAGACAACAGUGAUAUAGUCUGACAAUUUUUUUAAAAUUUUAUUAGUGUGUUGAUGUCCAACAGUAUUAUUUAACUAUCUUUGUGAUGUUACAAAACGGUGUAAUAAAACGUAUUAAAUGAA